AUGGCUGACCAGCUUAACCACCCAUCUGUUAUCCAGAAGGUAGCUGGUCAGCUCCGUCUGAGUUCUAGCAUUUCACAAGAUGUGCUGGCUCAGAGUGGUAGCUUCUACAGACCAGCCUUUCACGGGAGGAAUUUUACAAGUGGUAGAUAUGCCAAUGGUGGGCUUCAGGGUCCUCUAAUGCAAUCCUGCAGAGUCACCUAUGAUCUCUCUAUGGUUUCUCCUGCAUCCCCCAUGUUUGUCAAUGCGCCGUCAGAGAAAGGUUUUCUGUCUUUCGCCACGGACUUCCUCAUGGGUGGAGUUUCUGCUGCUGUAUCCAAAACCGCUGCUGCUCCCAUUGAGCGAGUCAAGCUUCUCAUCCAGAACCAGGACGAGAUGAUCAAGACCGGUCGGCUCUCACAGCCCUACAAGGGGAUCAGCGAAUGCUUCAGCCGAACUAUCAAAGACGAAGGCUUCGUUUCACUGUGGAGGGGCAACACCGCUAAUGUUAUUCGUUACUUCCCAACACAGGUCCGUUCUCUUCUAUCUGUUCUAUCAGACAGAGAACCCUUCUCAAUGCCGCAUUCUCCUUGUUGCUAACAAGAGGCCUGCACUCUUAUCCCACCAGGCCUUGAACUUUGCGUUCAAGGACUACUUCAAGAGGAUGUUCAACUUCAAGAAAGACAGGGACGGCUACUGGAAAUGGUUCGCCGGCAAUCUGGCCUCUGGGGGCGCCGCUGGUGCCUCAUCCUUGCUGUUCGUGUACUCCUUGGACUAUGCCCGGACCCGGCUUGCGAACGACGCAAAGGCAGCAAAGAAGGGGGGAGAGAGGCAGUUCAACGGCCUGGUUGAUGUCUACAGGAAGACUAUGAAGUCUGACGGCGUCGCUGGUCUCUACCGCGGAUUCAACAUCUCAUGUGUGGGGAUCAUCGUCUACCGUGGUCUCUACUUCGGAAUGUACGACUCCCUGAAGCCGGUGGUUCUCACUGGAUCCCUUCAGGUACCUGCUCUCUCCUAUGAUUUCUGCAGAUAAUUUUUGUCAGCUCAUUAAACAUAUUAAUCGGUUUUUCUGAAUGAAGUAUUGAUAUUAAGCGUAUAUAAACUGUUUAUAUAAAUAUAAAUGAUCACAGUAUUGAUACUGUGAUAAUUCAUAUGGUGUCAUAGUUUUAUUAAUUCAUUCAUAUGAAUAUGAGGGGGUCUCUAUGCGCGGUGGAUUGCAGGAUAGCUUCUUCGCGAGCUUCGCGCUGGGGUGGCUGAUCACGAACGGAGCGGGGCUGGCGUCAUACCCGAUCGACACGGUGCGGCGGCGGAUGAUGAUGACCUCUGGGGAGGCGGUCAAGUACAAGAGCUCCUUCGAUGCCUUCUCACAGAUCCUCAAGAACGAGGGCGCCAAGUCCCUCUUCAAAGGCGCCGGCGCCAACAUUCUCCGUGCCGUCGCUGGUGCCGGAGUCCUCGCCGGCUACGACAAGCUCCAGCUCAUCCUCCUCGGCAAGAAGUAUGGCUCAGGCGGCGCUUAA